CCUUUCAUUAUCUAUCCGAUGGGAGACCAGAAAAACCCUUGUUAUUAUGGCUCCCGCCCUCUAUGUCGUGGCUCAACUCAGGCUAACCCGCUUCGGCCCCGAGUUCAAGCUCACGACUCGUACUCCGACGACCUCAUCUCUCCAGCUGAGCAUCCGACCUCUCGGCCGUCUAUCCUCCGGCGUAGAUUGCCUCUCCAGUUCCGGAGUCAAUUUCCGGCAGCCAAAGCGCCGGGGAUUUCGCUGGAAUCUGUCGUUGUCACCGGUCGCUUCAAUGUUCGCGGUGAAUUCGGUCGUCCGAGACCUCGCCGCCACCGCUUUUUCUGGCUGCUUCGCUCUUUCCAUACUUCGGCUGUGGGGGGAAACAGCCAAACGAGGGGUUUUCGACCAGAAAUUAAAUAGGAAGCUUGUGCACGUUAGUGUUGGGCUAGCUUUCAUGCUUUGCUGGCCGUUGUUCAGUUCUGAUAAUCACGCAGCAGUUAUUGCAUCUCUUAUACCUGGCAUCAAUAUAAUAAAGGUGCUUCUUCUUGGACUUGGUAUAUGGACGGAUGAAGCUACAGUCAAGUCAAUGAGCAGAUAUGGAGACUACAGGGAGCUUCUAAAGGGACCAUUAUAUUACGCUUCCACAAUCACAUUGGCUUGUGUUAUUUAUUGGAGAACUUCUCCUAUUGCAAUUGCAGCAAUUUGUAAUCUUUGUGCUGGAGAUGGUUUAGCGGACAUUGUUGGAAGGAGAUUUGGUAAUGAGAAACUUCCUUACAAUAGAAACAAAUCCAUUGCUGGUAGCGUUGCAAUGGCAACUGCUGGUUUUAUAUCAUCGAUUGGGUUCAUGCACUACUUUUUCUUGUUUGGAUUUGUUAAAGAAAGCUGGGAAAUGGCUUGGGGUUUCUUGGUUGUGUCUGUUGUCACAGCACUGGUUGAAUCCCUCCCUAUUAGCACUGAGCUUGAUGACAAUUUGACGGUUCCCCUCACUUCUGUGUUGGUGGGCAGUCUUGUAUUCUAAUUUCAAGUAAUCUACACUUCUCUUUCAGCCAACAUAUAGUUGGGCAAUGCAUCUGUUUUUCAUGUACUUUUCUCUGUAGAAAUUGUAAUAUUUGAAGGACCAAACUGUAGUUGAAGUUGUCAGAACACUGAAUUGUUUAACUGGGCUGCUGCCAAUCAGAUUUCUUGAUUAUGAUAA